GAAAUCUUUGAGGACGUUACAAAGCAUGUUGUUCAGCAUUUUCGAGGGAAUUUCCAGCCACUCAUCCUUCCAAUUCCGAAAGAAAUAAUCGAGAAUAUCGAGACUCAGAGAGAAGAGGCGAUGUGGGAAGUUUUCACACUUUUACAGAACGCAAAGCUCAAGCUUCUUGAUAGCGAGAGCAGCGUUGGUUGCUCGCCCGAGUGCCGCUUGCUUCAACUCGGCAGCCUUAUCAAGUUCCUGCAUGACCAAGGACUUCCCGAGAAUCUAACAGCAACCACAUCGUACGAGCACCUCAGCGUGAUGGAUCUCAUCGAGGCCAUCAGAGACAUCAACUUACCGGCGGAAAAUCGGCACUAUCCAAGCCGCGAACACUGCGAUUGCCAAUUCACGCUCACCAGUUUGUUAGAGCCCGGUGUUAAGAAAGCUGCUGAAAACCUGGACAUAAUGGGUUUCUGCCCUGAGGAUAUCUACGAGAGUUACGGUUACUGUUCCUGGGAAGACCUUGAUGCCAAGGAUGUUGCAAGACCUCGGAGUGGAAGGGUAGUAUAAUGCUUGCAGCUUAGAAAGAGACGGCUGGGAGCUCUUAACAGAGACUUGU